GUCCAGUGGUGCCAUGGGGUCUCUGGUAGUGGUGGCUCGGAGGCACCUGUUAACAGUGACCAAAGUGGUCCCCAAGCUCUUCUGCAGCCUUGGUUGACUUCUCUUUUGACAGUUAUUUCAGCUGGAGGCUCCAGAGGGAUCUGGGUUUUACGGUGUCAGCUUCCGCAGUGGUCGCUGCUGAGGUUUGGCUUCUUCUGCAGCCUCGCUUUUUCCCAGCUGUUCUCCCCCAAAUCACUUUUCGCCCUGUCCAUUUUCUUUCCCAAAGGUUUAUCGGUGUGUUGGAAAAGUCGUAUUCCUUAAACUGGAUUGAACAAACACAUGGCCAAGUAAUUAAUCUGCAUAAAUUGUUUAUGACACUGGAGAAACCUAGUGGCCCAGCUCUUUGGGUGCUGAUGCCCCAUGCUGGGCAGUGAUGUGUGCAAUGUAGCAAGCUCUCAUCUCCGGUGUUGGUGGAACCCUUCCAGCUACUGGUGACUGUCCCGCUCUCCCCUCCUGGCAUCAGAUGUCUCACUUGAGCCCUUGGGACCCACCACAAGUUGGCUGGGUGGUUGUCUUUGUUCUUUGCUGACCUCAAAGGUGGAGGAGCGAUCAGAUCAUGCUGUCUCUCCUGCCCCAGCUUUCAGGAUGGUUCUGCACUCCUUAUUUUCACUGGAGGCUCUGGAAGGGCCAGGAGAAGUGGUGGAAGUCCUUUCAUGUGCAGCUCAUGGGUGCAUCACCCUCUGAAUCCCAACCUCUGCUUUGAUGUCACCCUGCUGCCCUCAGGAGGAGCUGGUGGAGUGGUCUAUUCAGAUACACUCAAAAUGUGUAUCCUUCAUCUUAUUUUCAUCUUUCCACCAUGAUAAUGGUAUUACAGCUCACAAGGUAAAAGCCUUGGUGGGAGUCUGUCAGCAGCUGCCAUUGUCUUGUGUGUGUGUAGACCUCUGAACAUCACAUCACCCCUCCCUGGCCUGGCCCAAGUGGUUUCUCCACUGGAAGCAACUCCUACGCUAGAAGAGCUCUUCCAUAACACCAACAUUGGGCUAUGCCGUGCGCCGGAGAGUGCUGACGGUGGGUAGAGCAAGCAUGACAUGGAUGUGAAGUCAUCAUCUUCCCAACCUCAGGAGAGCAGACAUGGAGGCAGGGGUGCCAGCGCAGGUCUCUACCAAGAAGACCCUCAUAGCAAUGCCGCUUUUUUCCAGUGUGGCUUGUGGAGCCCGUGACUGUGUUCCCAGUGACUCUGGUUUGGGGUGUCACGUGCCACAGGGCAAGGUGUCUCCAAACACCCCCCAAAACACCCAUGCUGGUGUCUCUUGGGAUUCAGGGCUGUCUCUGGUACACCUUGGUCCUCCUCCUGGCAUCCCAGCUGGUGGCAUCAGCAUCUCCUUCUAGACAGACUGUCAGCAUCAAUAAGGCCAUUAAUGCUCAGGAAGUGGCUGUCAAGGAGAAACAUGCCAGAACAUGCAUCUUGGGCACACACCACGAGAAGGGAGCACAGACCUUCUGGUCGGUGGUGAACCGGCUGCCACUGUCGGGGAAUGCCGUGCUCUGCUGGAAGUUCUGCCACGUCUUCCACAAACUCCUCCGGGAUGGCCACUCGAAUGUCCUGAAAGACUCAGUGAGAUACAAGAACGAGCUGAGUGACAUGAGCAGGAUGUGGGGCCACCUGAGCGAGGGCUACGGGCAGCUCUGCAGCAUCUACCUCAAACUGCUGAGAACCAAGAUGGAGUUUCACACCAAGAAUCCCCGCUUCCCCGGCAAUCUCCAGAUGUCCGACCGGCAGCUCGAUGAGGCAGGGGAGAACGACGUCAAUAACUUUUUUCAGCUGACGGUGGAGAUGUUUGACUACCUGGAGUGUGAGCUGAACCUCUUCCAGACGGUGUUCAGUUCCCUGGACAUGUCGCGCUCUGUGUCGGUGACGGCCGCAGGGCAGUGCCGCCUGGCCCCGCUCAUCCAGGUCAUCCUGGACUGCAGCCACCUCUACGACUACACCGUCAAGCUGCUCUUCAAGCUCCACUCCUGUCUGCCGGCAGAUACACUGCAGGGCCACCGGGAUCGGUUCCUGGAGCAGUUCAGAAAGCUGAAGGACCUCUUCUACCGCUCCAGCAACCUGCAGUACUUCAAGCGGCUGAUUCAGAUCCCGCAGCUGCCAGAGAACCCCCCCAAUUUCCUGCGUGCCUCAGCACUGUCAGAGCACAUCAGCCCUGUGGUGGUCAUCCCCGCCGAGGCAUCCUCACCCGACAGUGAGCCCAUCACGGACCUGGUGGAGAUGGACACAGCCUCACAGAGCCUGUUUGACAGUAAGUUUGACGACAUCUUCGGCAGCUCUUUGGGCAGUGACCCCUUCAACUUCAACAGCCAGAACGGGAUGAACAAGGAUGACAAGGACCGGUUAAUCGAGCAGCUUUAUGGGGAGAUGGCAGCCCUGAAGGAGCAGCUGGAGAGCUUCAAGGCUGAGAGCGCACGGGGCAUGAUGCAGCUGCGCGGUCGCGCCAGUGAGCUGGAAGCUGAGCUGGCCGAGCAGCAGCACCUGAAGCAGCAGGCGCAGGAUGAGAGCGAGUUCCUGCGCGCAGAGCUGGAGGAGCUGAAGAAGCAGCGGGAGGACACGGAGAAGGCGCAGAGGAGCCUGACGGAGAUUGAAAGGCGGGCACAGGCCAAUGAACAGCGCUACAGCAAGCUGAAGGAGAAGUACAGUGAGCUGGUGCAGAACCAUGCCGACCUGCUGCGGAAGAAUGCGGAGGUGACCAAGCAGGUGACAGCAGCCAGGCAGGCCCAGGGAGAUGUGGAGCGAGAGAAGAAGGAUCUGGAGGAUUCCUUCCAGCGGGUGAGCGAGCAGGCUCAGAGGAAGUCUCAGGAGCAGGCAGAGGUGCUGGACACGCUGAAGAGGGAGCUGGCAGCCAGCAGACAGGAGCUGCAGGUCCUCCAGGGAACACUGGAGUCUAGCACGCAGGCGGGAGCGGAGCAGAGCACCCGGAUCGCUGGCCUCGAGCAGGAGAGGGACAGCCUGAGCCGGGCAGCGGAGCGGCAUGGGGAGGAAGUGGCUGCCCUGCACGCUGAGCUGCAGCAGAUGCGGGACAGGCUUGGCCGGGAGCAGGAGAGCAGCAAGAUGGAGCUGGAGGUGUUGCAGGCCCAGCUGAGAGAUAAGGAGAGCAGGGAGCAGGCGCUGCAGCGGCACGUGGCUGAGGAGCAGUUUACCCUGCUGCAAGGCACUGCGGAGGAGGCCAAGCGGAUGGUGCAGGAUGCCCUCAGUCACCUGGAGGAUCCUGCUCACAUGGGCUGCACUGGCUCGGCGGAUUGCCUCCUGUCCAGGACACUGGCAGCCUCCGAGUGCGUGGAGAGGCUGCAGGAUGCACACGGCAAAUACAUUUCCGACCACGCAGCUGUGGGCUCCCUGCUGCCCUGCCUGGCCCUGUUCGCCCACCUUGUCAGCGACACCCUCCUGCAGGGCAGUGCGACCUCCCACCUCGCCCCCAUGGAGCCCGCUGACCGUCUGCUGGAGGUGUGCAAGCAGUGCGGCAGUGAGGCUGUGAGCUACCUCAGUGCCCUGCAGGACCCGGGCAAGGUGAAAGGUGCUGACUGCAGCCUGGUGACGAUCUGCCUGGGCCAUAUCAGCGCCAUUGGGGAGGAGCUGCGGCCCAGAGGGCUGGAUGUCAAGCAGGAGGAACUGGGUGACCUGGUGGACAAGGAGAUGGCAGCAACAGCGGCGGCCAUCGAAACAGCGGCCACCCGCAUCGAGGAGAUGCUGAGCAAGGCACGGGCUGGUGACACUGGGGUCAAACUGGAAGUGAACGAGAGGAUCCUGGGCUCCUGCACGGGUCUCAUGCAGGCCAUCCGCGUCCUGGUCCUGGCCUCCAAGGACCUCCAGAGAGAGAUCGUGGAGAGUGGACGGGGUGCAGCAUCCCCCAAGGAGUUCUAUGCCAAGAAUUCCCGCUGGACAGAGGGUCUCAUCUCCGCCUCCAAGGCUGUGGGCUGGGGUGCCACUGUCAUGGUCGACGCUGCUGACCUGGUGGUGCAAGGCAAAGGCACCUUCGAGGAGUUGAUGGUCUGUUCACGGGAGAUCGCGGCCAGCACUGCCCAGCUCGUGGCAGCCUCCAAGGUGAAGGCAGACAAAGACAGCGCCAACCUUUGCAAGCUCCAGCAAGCCUCGCGGGGCGUCACCCAGGCCACAGCCAGCGUGGUGGCCUCCACUAAGGCCGGGAAGUCACAGGUGGAGGAGAAAGACAGCAUGGACUUCUCCAGCAUGACACUCACCCAGAUCAAGCGUCAGGAGAUGGACUCGCAGGUGCGAGUGCUGGAGCUGGAAAACCAGCUGCAAAAGGAGCGGCAGAAGCUGGGAGAGCUGCGCAAGAAGCACUACGAGCUGGCAGGAGUGGCGGAGGGCUGGGAGGACGCUGCGGAUUAGCCCCAGCAGCAGAGGCAGCUGCAGGGGACGCCCCUGCGGCCAGCCAGGACCCAGCUCGGUGCAGCCUUUUGGGAAGAUCCACAACAAACUGGUGCAAAAGCCACCCCGAAGCACAUGUCCUCUGCAUCCCCCUGCCAGGAGCCGCCUCCAGCGCCAGAGCACCGGGAGCUGCCGGGGCAGGAGCGAGGGCUCGCCAGCCUGCCACCAGCUGCAAACCGCACGUGUAUUUAUCAGAGCUGCUUGGGGUCGGGGGGUCGCUGGGGGGGCUUUAACCCUUUUGUUUUGUUUUUGCACAGAUUUUCGGAACUCUCUGAGCCGCCUCGGGCUGAGCGAGAGCGCUCGGGUUUCUUUUGCCUCUCGUUGCUUUUCCAGCCUUAACCAGUCCCUGGCUCAGUGGAGCAUCCCCCCGCUGCAAAGGAGCCUGUUGAGGGCCCCGGGGUGCCACUCGUGUGGUGCUACUGGCUUGGUGCUAGGUGUGCUCCCCCCCAGCGGGGCACCAAAUGCCUUUGGCUGGUGCAGGGCGGGUGGGAGUUAUUUCCAUGGGACAAGGCAACCAAGGUGCUGGCAAGCAGCGGCAGGGAGCGGGGCAGGCAGCAGGAGGGUUGCUGCCAAGCAUUCUGGGUCCCCAGAACAUGUUUCCCCCCAUCCUGUCCUGGAGCUGGGCUGCCCCGCCCCAACAGAUCACUGUGUUCAUGCCAGCAAUAAAGCCUCUGCAAGGUGCUGGGCACGGGCUUGGGCAACCAUGGUGCCACCGCACAAGCCACCAGCUCCUGGGGAUGGGGGAUAGCUAUAGGGCAGCAACAUAGAGGGUUUGGGGGGCAACCAGGGUGCCCAAAACCAGAGCACCCCAAGCCAGAGCAAGCAGCUCCCUGUGCCUGCUUGCUCCAGACUGGUGCUACCCGUGUGUCCUUGCCACCCUCUUCGGUGCAAGGGGGAUCAGUGCUGGUGUUGCCGUGGGGCUGGCACCAGCUAGGGAACCUUUGUGCCUUGGAGCAGGGGGCUCGGAGGGCAGGGGGCUGUCUGCCAGCUUCGGGCCCCCCAGCUCAUCUCGCUGCAGCAGGGACAGUGGCAUCAGACUGCGCAGCGAUGUCCCUGUCCCCCACAGUCCUGCCCAUGUCCGUUGCAGGGCCAGGGUGUCCUUCCCAGCCUGGCAGCAUCGCUGCCUGCACCCUGCCUUCAGGCAGCUGCCCCUUCCUGAGGGUGAGACAGCCAGACCAGCCCCCUCGGAGUGCUGGGGGGCCAGAGUUUGGCCUUUUUCUCCCUUUAGAAAGUGGUGGCUGGGCUGUCACCAUGUGCUGCCUUUGGCUGGACCUUGAGCAGUGGGACCCACUAGCAUUCCCCUGCCUGGCCAGGCCAUCACCAUGGCCUCAGGGCUGCCACCCCCUACGCACAGGAUAGCGCAACCGUCCACCAUGCCGGGGCCCAGUGUCCCUGUGUGCUCAGGCCAGCCCUGCCGCCAGCAUACCUGCCCUGUGCCCCAGCCUGCCAGGGACCACUCGGGGCUCCCCCUGGGCCCCCUCUGCCUCGGCAUACCCCCAUCCAGCUCCCUCUAGAUGCAAUACCAACCAUCCCAUUCCUGCAGGACACCGGGAGCCUCAACACCCUCCCCCCUCUUUCUGGGGGGGUGUCUUGCCUGUGCAGGGUACCCCCAACUACCUCAGGCCUCCAGGCCAGGUUGGGGCUGGGGAUGAUGAGGGAGUCGUGGUGGGGGCUCGGGGGUGGCGGCACCAUUCCCUCGGCCGAACUCCCUUCUCCUUUUUGUAUCUCGGCUGGGUGCUGGUGGGGGGAGGGUGUCCCCCCUGCAGUCCCCAGCACUGGUGGCUGGUGCUGGGGACAGUGGGAGUGCCCCUGCUCUGCACGUUGAGUUGUUUUGGUUUUUUUUUCAUUGUAUAAUAAUUACUAUGUUGUGUGUGUUCAAUUUUUCAAUAAAGCCUUCAGCCCAGCCCUGCGGCUCCAGGGCGGGUGGCAGGGACCUGUGUCA